UUCCCGUGGAAUAACAGGUGUUUGAUUUGUUAUCAUCGACCCGUGUCACGCCGGCCUUGUCGCACCCUAAUAAUCAGUCCCUAAUGGCGAGUACCGUAUGGCGGAAAGAGACUUAGAAUCAAAACAUCCAUCAUGUAUUCCCGAGAGUAUAACCCCUUGGCACCAAUCACCGAGGCAGCGAUCAUCCUGGUUUUGUCGUCUUGUCUAUGGACCGCUCAGAGCGCCAGUACUAUCCCGGCUUCUCGAGUGUGUCUCCCUGGUCCCAGGAUGCUUCCUGUCAGGGAAUAUCCCACAAUGACGGGACAACCCGCGAGUAAUACGGGACAGCCCUUGAAUAAUACAGGACAACCCGCGAAUGAUACGGGACAACCCUCGAGUAAUGCAGGACAACCCUUGAUUAAUACGGGACAACUCGUGAAUAAUACGGGAGAACCCGUGAAUAAUACGGGACCUACGAGUUAUACAGAACAACCCACGAAUAAUUCUGGUCAUGCCGCGAAUAAUGCACGACAUCCAGCCAGUAUCAAGGACUCGUAUAACAUUGCCAAUGCGUCUGCACAUUCAUCUGGGGGAACAGUCAAUGCCCAGAUAACUGUGUCUGGUAAAACGUCAAGCAGUGAUGCGGAUCAGCAACAUACGGUUAAUGCGGUACAACCCGCGAAUAAUACGGGCAAUCCCGCAAGUAUUACGGGACAGCCCGUGAAUACUACGGGUCAUCCCGAGAGUAAUGCGGGACAACCUGCGAGUAAUACAGGACAGCCCACGAGUAAUACAGGACAACCUGCGAAUAAUACGGGACAGCCCGCGAGAAACGCGGGACAAGCCGCGGGUAUUGAGGACUCGUAUAACAUUGUCAAUGCGUCAGCACAUUCAUCUGGCGGUACAGCCAAUGCCGAGAUAGCCGUGUCUGGUAAAACGUCGAACAGUGAUGCGGAAAAACCUUCGAAUAGUACAGGACGGCCAUUGAGUGUUCCUCCAGAGCAACUGAGCAGAAAUGAACGGCCUAAAAAUACUACAACACUUUUUGUUAGUGGUGUAGAUACGAUGGCCUCAAAGCUACCCGUGCAGAGGAGUGCAAGAGACAUUGGAAAGCAAAGUAACAUUGAAAAGGCAGACAGGAAAUGCUUGAUUUUUGGGGACUCGAUCAGUAUAGGAUACACUCCAUAUGUUACAAAAGCGCUAAAAGGUGAAUGUACUGUGUACCAUGCCCCAUGGGACGUACGAGAUGGCGGGGCACUGGACUCUAGUCAUGGACUUGAUUGUUUGGACAUCUCCCUCUCUUCAUCACUCGGACUACCUGUGGUAUAUGACGUCAUAGUGUUCAACUUCGGGUUGCAUGACAUAGACUGUAGUGGGGACAUGCCUGAGGAAUACACUUCCGCCGGAAAUUACAGCAAAAAUUUGUCGCGAUUGAAGACGCUACUGGCGAGCAAGGCGGGAGAUUUGGCCUUUGCUCUAACGACUCCGGUUUUGUACAAUUGCACGAUGGAUGAUUCAGUAAAGGCUUAUAACACUAUUGCAAUGGACGUGAUGAGAGCCGAGCCCCAGGUUCCAGUGAUUGACUUGUACAGCGUCGUCAUCGAUCAGUGCGGGGCACCACCAUAUAAGGACUUGAGUAACUGUCUAAUUGCAGAUCCCAAACCGUCUCCCCACUACACCCCCCGAGGGUAUGCACUGCUGGCAACACAUGUGACAGAGGCGAUUGAGGGGAUGCUUGAUGAACUUCAUGUCAUGCGACACAUGGCGUCAGACGGUGACGUCAAAGAACCCACUAGGAAGUUCAUCCAAAUGAAUGGAACAAAGCCGUGGAUUCCUUGCAAUACUACAGGAUCGAACACAGAGUCAGCGUGCCCUCACAAUAUGACAUGCGUAUUGAACACCCACUCUGGAUCUGGCUUUGCGUGUUGCCCGCUUACCAAUGCAGUGGACUGUGAAGAUGGUACUCACUGCUGUCCACAGGGAACCCGCUGCGCAAGUAACUGUACAAGACAUUCGUGUAGUUGUGCAUUAAGCUAGUUGCCCUGACGGAAUCAAUAUGCAUACAGUACGUGCUCGCCUCGCGGUUCCCAUACGGAACUCUACACUUUGCGGUGAUUCUAUAAAAGGCGCGUGUGGCCCCAGUCCGUAUCCCCCGGUCGCGCUAGAAGUAAUUUCAUUGCUUAAAUUCUUUUUUCUUCUUGGUCAUUCUAGAUACCUAGAUACCUUAUAAAAGUACCUGUUCUCAGUACUCGUGGUACAUACGUGGUGGGCAAUAUCACAGUUUAAGAUUCUGCACAAGUAGGUCAGAAUGGCAGAGAGAUUAGGCGCUGGACAAAAGUGAACACGCGCUUUUUCGUGUCAAUAAGAAAUGAAUACUGUUCAAUCGCUUACAAGAUUGUAAAGUUAAAAAAGUAUUAUAAGUGAUAUAAAGGAAAGCAAGUUCUUCAA